UUCGGUGAUAAAUGUAUGGUCUUCCAUACAUUUAAUGCUGCAGAAGGCAAGUGCCAUAAUUGGAUUCAAUGUGCUUUUGGGGUUGGUCUCCUCUUGUGUUUGACAGAACUUUGCUAAAGAGUUUUAGUGCCUCUUAUGUUGCACUUUAUUGCUUUUGUUUAUGAAGUGGAAAUCUGAGCUUUUGAAGUGAUUAUAACAAAUUUUAAUUCCAUAUUGUUGAGUUCUGUUCUGCUUAGUUGCUGGGAGUCUUUUCUCUCUGCUGUCCUUAAGAAAUGGGGAAAGGAAAACUUUGCUUGGGCUCAGUUUCUUGGCAUUUCAGUAAGCUGUCACAUGCAUAAACUUAUUUGUAUCCUCAAUUAAGAGGUGGAAUCUUUCAAAGAUUGACUCUUUAUCAUUUUUACACGCUGUCGUCUGGUGGUGAAGUAUUUUUACCUCAUUCUUUUGGCUUUGAGUCUUUGAUUAGGACUCAUCGCUGCUCAUUUGUAUAAUACUUAAUAGCUAAGCUUAUCAGAAUGACUUUCGACCAAUUUCUGAUCGUCAUCUUGACUUUAUCGUACUCUUCCUGGGAAGGCUCUCAACUCUUUUCUAAGAAUUUUUUCAUUCCAGAUAUUUCUUCCUUCAGUUUUUUGUGGAGUGGAUCAAAGUUUGCAUGUUGUCAGUGAUAUACAGGGUAAUAUUUUCUUGUGCAAAUAAUAUUCUGCACUUUUUCACUUGUCUGGUCUCUGCCGAGUGGUAGUUUUGCGUCUUUGGUCAAAAUGGGGUAGCAAGGUAUGAAAUAAUCUGCAGGUUGCUCCUCCUGCAAUUUGCUUUCACACAAGUUCUUUGAUUAUAACCAAAUUUUUAUGCUGACUUUAGUGUAGCUUCUUUUCAGUUGCUGAGGUCUUGAGUCCUUUCAGAUCAUAUGCAGGUUUCAAGAAUUCUGUGCAGUUUCAUCUAAGCCAUCUUAAGAGGAUUCGUUGGCACGUCUCUCUUCUGCAUCUCUUCUUAAUGUGGGCAGCCGAACAAUACAUAUGAUGGCAGCUUCUCUCUCUCUCUCUCUCUCUAAUUAAGUUGCAGGAAUUUGUGUCAUUCUCCUUCCUCGGAUUUUCUAUGAGGCUCGUUGCAGAGAUCACUUUGUCCAACUGGCAUAUGCUAUGAGAAAGCAUUUUUUCUUACCAUCUCUCUUGAAUCAAUUGGCACCAUGGGAGGAUGCAUCUCAAUGCCCAAAAAAAGAUUUAAAUCAAGUGCUAAGUACUUCCGCAAGCCUAGGAAAUUCCGGAGAAAGAUUGCCUCUUCUGUUUCUGUUGCUCCUAUAGAACAGUUCACGGGUGCAGAAUUUGGCAGAAAUCCUUCUCUGCCAGGAUCUGUUUCAGGGAACAAUGAGACACAUGCAAGCACCAGCUGCAGACGGUCCGAGUUACCUAAUCUGACGCUACAUAGCACCCAGCCACAAUGGGACCACAAUCAAGUAAUUAAAAAUGGAGUGUUCCAAGAGGAGGCUUGGUUCGACUCUGUUAGUGCCCUUGAUUCGGAUUCAGAUGAAGACUUCAGUAGCGUUCAUGGAGAUUUUUUCCCUUCAUUGAGCAAUGCGACUGAAGACAUACACAUGAAUCAAAUGGCACAGCAUGAAAACAAUUCUUGGUUUGGCAGUGAGCACAGAAGUGACAAAAAUUUCCAGACUAUAGAUUGUGGUAAAACUGAAAAGUUUUCUAGCAAGGUUGAAAAUGAGGACGAAAAUGGAAUCUCCCAUUCAAAAGGAUGCUAUGACUUUCCAAGCUUGACCAUUGCGGAUGGAAUAUCUACUGAGAAGAAGAAAAUCCCAAAUGCUCCAUCUUGGAGAUUCAAGGGUGCCAAAGCAGAUCCCUGGCAAUACGAGGAGAAAAAUGUGGAGAAUCAUCCAAAGUCCCAUUUGCCUCAGUUGCUUGACCAUUGUUCGUUAAAUUCAUUAUCAACUUCAAAAAGAAGAAGGUCAACAGCCACAAAAGUCGCCAUUAAAAGGACACAGCAGGAUGAAGAUGAGACGAAUGAAUAUUGUCCAUCUAAGAGAUAUUUGUAUCAUCGCAAAGCAGGACUUACCAUUCCACGUUCAAUGGGCGAGAAUCUAGCUCAUGGAUGCUGGCAUCCUCUUUCACCUUCAGUCUUUAAGCUUAGGGGAGAGAACUAUUUCAGAGAUAAAAAGAAGCACCCUGCUCCUAAUUACAGCCCUUAUGUUCCUUUUGGUGUGGACUUAUUUGCCUGCCCUCGGAAAGUACACCAUAUUGCUCAAUACCUUGAACUUCCCCCUGUAAAAGCUCACCAUGAAGUGCCAUCAUUGCUUAUUGUAAAUGUUCAGCUGCCAGCAUAUCCUGCUUCCAUGUUCCUUGGUGAAAGUGAUGGGGACGGACUGAGCCUUGUAUUGUAUUUCAGAAUAUCAGAAAAUUUUGAAAAAGAGACUUCUGUGGAGUUCCGAGAAUCGAUUAAGAGAUUCGUGGCCGAUGAUAUGGAAACUGUGAAAGGUUUUGGAAAAGAAUCCAUCAUUCCUUUUAGAGAAAGACUAAAAAUCUUGGUUGGUGUGGUUAAUCCUGAAGAUCUGAGGCUGAAUCCUGCAGAAAAAAAGCUUUUACAUGCUUAUAACGAAAAGCCCGUGCUUUCACGUCCUCAACAUGCUUUCUACAAGGGAGCCAGCUAUUUUGAGAUUGACCUCGAUGUACACAGAUUCAGCUACAUAUCGAGGAAAGGACUUGAUGCAUUUCGUGAAAGGUUGAAAUAUGGGAUUCUUGAUCUGGGGUUAACCAUCCAGGCACAAAAACCUGAAGAGCUGCCGGAGAAAGUGCUGUGUGGCAUUAGAUUGAAUAAAAUUGAUUUUGAAAAUCACGGCCAAUUACCUGAAAUUGUAAUUCAUGGCAAUGAUUGAGUUGGAAUACAAGCCACGGGCUCAUGCGGAUACAACAUUUCCGCAUGUAGCAAAAUCUGUAAUCAUUUGUUUUAGGAUCUAUGCCAUGGAUUGGAGACCACACAUUUUUUGUACUAAUUUCUUUAAUCUACGUCAAAAGAUGGGAUUGAUUUCGAUGCUCCGGCGCACUAA